UUCUCAGUUUUUUUAAAUUAAAAUUAUCAAAAGACAUUCAAGAAAGCGGAAAUAUUCAUUCCCAAUCUUUUUCGUAAUGCGCUGUUGUCAAGUGUUCAGUUUCUUGACGUCGUGUGUUCACUUUGAUUAAUAAUUGGUUAGGAUUAAUUGUCGAAGGAACGUAUAUAAAAAUUGAUCAGAGAAAUAAAGACCAUUCAACUUUGAUUGGACAUUGAUUGAGGAAUUCUAAGCAAGGGACUUUGUAUUAUAUAUGGUUUUAUCCUGCUGCUUUCUUUCUGUCAAUCAAAUGACAUCGGACAUGAAUUGUUUGUUAGAACUUCUUAUCAGCAGUCUUGAAGACCAUGCAGAUAAUUCAGACAUGUUAUAAUUGAAAGAGAGAGGAUUUGUUGAUAUCCAUGGUAAUGGCUUCUAUGAUAGGCAACUAAUCUUUGGAUAUUAUUUGUAACAAGAUGUCCUCUCCGCCAAUCAUAUAGCAGACAUAUAUUCAAUCCGCCAGGAAUUUCGACGACUAAAUCCAAACAGCUAAUUACUAAAUUAAUUUAAGGGAGCACCGAGUCGAGACGUUUUCUAAACUUAGUCAGUCCGGUCAUGUUUCAGGGAUUACUUACCAUAAUAUUAGAUCUUCGUCUUCUGGGAGUUUGGAAUAAAAACGUUGUCAUUUACGUUCUUUGUGUAGGUAUAGCUAUUUUACGGAGUGUCACUUCAGAUCUCAUACAAAACGCAAAACCAACAAAGGUUGUCAAACUAUACUUUUUCAUCAAAUAAGGCUGUUCCGAGAUGUAACAGAAUCGCUAUUGAUACAGUAUAAUUGUGUUAACAUUAGGAGCACAUUUUUAUUACACGAUCUAAUUACGAAAUAUCAGAGUAUGAUACAUUUGUUAGAAAGGCUAUGGAUUGAGUAUGAUUUAAUUAACACAUUUUACACUUCAAACAUACCGUCUUGGUUCUUUGAAUAAAAUAGAGAAGGAACGUAUAACUGAAUGACCGAUCAAUGAUGACUUAAAACUAACACUUCACAAUUAAAUUACAUCUUUGAAAGUAGAAAAUAUUGACCGAUCUAAGUAUUUCAACAGUUGUGUCAUGUGUGUCUGCAAGACAAUCAGUACAUCUUUUAACAAGAAAUAUCGAAAUCAUUCUGUGUUAUAAUAGUACGGAACAUAUACGCCUUUAGAGUUAUUGGGAUGUUUUAUAAUUGGUUAUGUAUAAUUAAUCCAUAAUGCGAUGCAAGUUCUAACCAUAGGGAAAUCAGAUCUUCGUAAUUAACGAUCACUCUUUUAACAGAGAAUUAAUACAGAAUGCACCGUUUUAGAGAUAAAACAGUUUAGUUUGUCUUCAUAAUGUAAAACAGUAAUAAGUCAAAGGACACUCCUUAGAAACUGUUGUUUAAGAAACCGUACUCGCCAUGAACAUAAGUACCAAUCUAGAGAAGUCAGUUUUUUAAGAAUCGUACUCGCCAUGAACAUAAGUACCAAUCUAGACAAGUCAGUCUUGCCAAACGACAAUUCUAAUUAUGAAGUCAAGCGUGGUCUUUCCGACACAACGAAAAACACAGCUGAUAUUGGAACUACGUUUUCUAUGUCGGACUUAUGGCCGUUCAUAUGUGAUGACAACGACACCUGGUGUCUGUUUAAUGAUACGUCAUGGAUAUCAAACAGCACGGCGGAUGUGACGACAGGGUUAACAACAGAUAUGGUAACAUUAAACACUACCGGUGAUUUUCAUAAUUCUACAGAGGAAACAGAUAUACUUGCUGCCAAUAGAUACUGGCUUUUCGCAUUGUUGUUUUUCCCACUUUUAACUGUGUUUGGAAACGUCCUUGUCGUUAUGAGUGUUGUUCGUGAAAGACAGUUGAAAACAGCCACGAAUUAUUUUAUAUGUUCCCUUGCCGUAGCGGACAUAAUGGUCGCCGUAGUAGUAAUGCCACCAGCUGUUUAUUUAGAGGUUGUACAGUCAUGGUUACUCAGUGAUGCGUUAUGUGAUGCGUGGGUGGCGUCUGACGUCAUGGCGUGUACAGCUUCUAUAUUAAAUUUAACGGCCAUUAGUGUAGAUAGAUUUAUAGCAGUGACACAACCAAUCAAAUACUCGAAACAUAAAAAUUCCAAACGUGUAUUUGUGACGUUAGCAUUGACUUGGGUUAUUUCUGUAGCAAUAGCCGCACCUAUAGCAUUAGGUGUUAACUAUUCCGAUGAACGGAAGCCAGGCUCGUGUGCAUUUUUUAAUUCUGAUUUUCUGAUUUAUUCUUCCAUGGGAUCAUUUUACAUACCUUCCAUUAUAAUGAUGUUUUUAUACUGGCGAAUAUGGAGAGUUUUACGUAUUCGUGCAAAAGCACAGAAGAAAAAGAAGGCAAAGGCGACAAAGACAUCCACUUCAAAAGUUAUAGAAAAUACCGCUACCAUUAAUGCGACAAAAACGGAGCCUACUAUUAAAACAGGUUUAGCUAAGAGCAUGGAUAAUGGUAAAAUAUCCACAUACAAUACGAACAAAGCUCCAAAUCAGUUAUUAAUUCCUGUCUGUGAUGACAAUGUCAGUAAUAUGGCCACAAAUACCGACUCUAGUGAACGGUAUAACGACGACGAUAGUGGCCAAAAAAGUCCGGAUAGUGCUGACGAUGUGGACGAGGAGAAAGAAGCAGAGUUAAUUAUUAACCCAGUUGCUGUAAGACAUGUAGAAAUACAAAUUGACGGCAAUGGAAAUGGAACAUGUAAUGUAGACACUCAAAUGGAAACAGAGACAAAGUUUUCAUCUACACCGUCCUCGGAACGGCGAGGAAAACCCGGAGAGUUUGAACAUAAGUGUCAGUUAAUUCCUGCCAAUGACACAAAACCAGUAAACGCUACGAGGCGGAAGGAGAAACGUACUGUAGGAAAGUAUUUUCAUAGACGAACGAGUAGGAAAAGGAAAGAAAAAUCAUCAUCAAAACGAGAAAAGAAAGCAACAAAGACAUUAGCCAUCGUCUUAGGUGUUUUCCUCUUUUGCUGGGUUCCGUUUUUCACAAUCAACAUAACAAACGCCAUAUGCAUCAAAUUUAAAUCUAACCUCAUGACAAAUCCAAUAUGUCAGCCGAACAUGAUUCUUUUUAGUGUCUUUGUCUGGUUAGGGUAUAUAAAUAGUUUUCUUAAUCCAGCGAUCUAUACGAUAUUUAAUCCAGAAUUCAGGAAAGCAUUUAAAAAGAUUUUGACCGAUUGUUGCAAAUGAGACGACUGAAUGUGUGAUACCUUGAUUUUUAAUACACUCCAUGUGAAAUGACAUGGCCUAAAAUAAACAAAUUCAUAACGUGCGAUAUAUUCCCUUUUUAUAAUGAGAAUAUGUCCAUGAAAACAUCAUAAGUAAUAUAAAAUUAUUUGUACAUAUUGCCAAUGAUAAAAUGGCAAUUGUUGAAUGGGCUCAUAGUUCGACGAAGCACGGCAAGUUUCAUGUUUACUGUUUAUAAAUAGGUAAACGAAAAUAUUAACCUUUGUGAGAAGAGCACAAGCCACGUGUUCAAAAGAACUUUUUACGGCAAAAAUGUGAGCCAAAAAGUCUUUAAAAAACCCACAGAGGAGACAUUUAGACAUCUUAUGUGCAAUCGGAUUAUCGACAAAAAGUUCUAUGCGAUUUCAUUGUCGUGAAAGGUUGUGAGUAAAGUAAAGAGUAAUUAACUAGACACACGUUCAUAAGUUUAUUUGGUUUUAUUUGGUGCAAUAUUAUAUAAACUUGCCACGAUAAUUUAUUAUUAAUAGUGCUUAAUACCCUUCAUAAUCCUACACAAGACUGUGUAUAGCAUACUUUGAGUGACUUGGUAGAUUUAUUUCUAUGGAAACCAAACAAAUAAGGCAAGCCUUGUUCAGAGAUACAUUUAUAUUGUUAUAUUGUUGACAUUGUAAUUAGAGACUGUGUAAUAAUUCCAGUUGUGAUCAUUAUGUAACAUAUCUAUUUAUUGGAAGACACUGAAUAUAAUAAAAUUGUAACACGUUUCA